AGCAGUAGAUGAGUGCUGUGUAUUUAUGAUUCAGAUUCAGAACAUGUUGUCAGACACAUGAGUGAAGCUGAAACCCAAGUCACACAGAGACGUCAACAUUCAAAGUUGAUUGAAAGGUGCCGUGUACGCUGGUACAAAUUGCAAAACGGAAGCGCCCUGACCAGGCAGUACACGCCCCGCGGAGAAGGUUUCCUGGCGUCGGAGCAGCCAUGGCAGAUCCCAGACUGUUCAAUUUCGGAGGUUCACCGAAGAUUGAAAGGGAGGACGAGGGCGGUACAAGUCCUUCCAUCCGACCAUGGUCAGGAACGCUGGCUUCCAAGGCAGAUGCCCUUGCAGUGUAUUCCGAAGCAGUGCAAGACCCAGCUGCAGAGUGUGCGAACAUCGAAAGUAUCUACUGCGCAUCGCAAGAUAAAGACAGCGAGGUGCCAGAAGCAAAAAUCUUGAGGGAGGACUUUUGCAGCAGCGCGCUUGUUGCUCACCACUGGCUCUCAUUGGGUCCGGAAUACUCGUCCCAGGGCGUCGACAUUGAUUUAGCAGCUCUGCAACACAAUCAGAGGCUGUUCGGAGCGAGAGACGUGCGCAUCUUGCAAAGUUCAGAAUACGCACAGGCUAAGGAUGCGUUCGGCGUCCAGCUCGACCCUUGCGACGCAACAUCGGGUACAGAACGCAGAAAUCCGGUUCAAGGCGCCUCCUGGGCACCUGGUGCAGCAACGGAUAGAUUCGAUAGAAAGCUCGCCAAGAAGCUGGCACGCUCACAAAAACAAGCCGUGCAACCCCAGCAGAGGGAUCUGCUUACGCAAAACGUUUCGCAGACGCCGCCAUCCUCUGCAGAUGCUGAGAAACCACGACUCACAUUAUUACACGCCGACGUCUUGAGUCUCCCUCUCUCGCUGCCGUCGACUUUGCAAAUUCCUCCGCCUGACGUUGUGGCAUCGCUCAACUACGCUCUUUGCUACUUUCACGAUCGUGCAGGCCUAUUGGGCUACCUGCGGCAAGUCGUCAGAACACUUCGGUCUCACACUGGUCGCUUCGUUUGCGAUCAAUUCGCCGGCCCGCAAGGCAAUGAGAUUUACCCCGAGCAGACGCCGCUUUGGGACAAAUUCGGCAGGGAACCUGGGUUCAUGAGGUCGGGAGAUCCGAGGCCCGAUCCUGGUAACGCGGACGUGCGGGUUUGGCGGAAUGAUGACGAGCACUCAGGCUCUAAUCCCGCGGACGAAAGUCACCCCGAAAGUCGGGUUGGUUCUUCUUCAUCCUCGCGACACUGGCCCAGGGGCAAUCUGCUCCUGGUACGCAAGGGGAAGUGGACACCGAAGAUUGCUCACGGCACAUUGGGAGAAGAGCAAGACUUUGAAUAUUGGAGGGAAGAUGGGCCAGUGGACUACAUGACCAAUCGUUUCCGGAUGAGCCUCAGCUUCCGAUUCCAGGACGGUUCAUGGCUCCGAGACGUAUUCGCAUACGACUUUCGCGUCUGGUCUCUUUGCGAAGUGAUCGAGGCCAUGCAAGAAGCUGGUUUUGCUAAGGUUACGGCGGAGGUGCUCCCUAGGGACGCGGCGGACGCGCACAACAAGGAGGUGUCUGACUCUGAAUCCGAUUCCGGACCUGAAGAACAGCCGCCAGAUCAGGUACACCGAAGGAGGAGUGAUGAUGGAUUGCAAGAUAUGGCUUCGCUCAUCAGGAGGACAGAACGAGAAGAAAGGAACCGAUCCAAUUAUGAAAUCGUAAGGGAGGGGGAAAUGGUCUUCGCCAAGAGAAGCUUCGCCACAUAUGUCAUCGGGCACGCCCCUUAAUCCACAAAGUGCCGAAUGGAAAUGCAUGUUCUGAGCUAUCUGGCUCGCCCAAGAUUGAAGUGAAGGA